GAUAGCCUUCUCUACACCACGACCAUUGCUGAACGUUUUCCCUUUUGCUCUGCCGCGUGCGAAUUCUGGCGCUCGGGCAUGCUUAGGCACACGACGUGACGACCGGUUGACUGCGUCAAAUACGUUCAGACCUUCAUACAUCCAUACAAACCGCACAUACCUCGAAUCGCGUGCCACUCUCUGCGACACAAAAGUUACCCAUCGCAUCGGCGCCGUCUUGUGUGGAACUCCCACCGCUACGUCCAGGCCUUUACCAGCACUCACCUCUCACGCUCCCGAUCUCAGAUCUUUGGGCGUGCCGAAACCAGAUUCUGCCCCACUUUCGGUGGCUAUCUUUCCUCUCCCCCCCCCUCCUCGUCGUGGUAGUCGCCUCGCAGACACAAAAGGUCAAAUCGCAAGUCUCACCUUCAAGCUCACUUAGGAUACUUCGUUCCAGAACACCCGGCUAUUCUGCCCUCCUCCCCACCCCCACGAGCCAUCACCUGCACGAGUGCACACAGAGGAGUGUCAAGGGGCCAGCAGAGAAGAGCACGGUCGCUUGCGUGAGGUGAGAUGGCGAGCCAGGCGAAGAAGCAGACGAGUGCGGGAAUCCUGCUGGCCAACCAGCUCAAGCUCAUGUCCACCACGGACCACAUAGAAGGCAUAAGCGUUGGCCUGGUGGACGACAAGAACCUGUUCGAGUGGGAGGUGAUGCUCAUGAUCAGCGACGAGUGUCGACUGUACGGCGGUGGCUUCUUCCGCGCCCGCCUCAGCUUUCCACAGGACUACCCGCACUCGCCGCCCAAGAUGAGGUUCGAGACGCCGAUAUGGCACCCGAACAUCUACGAGAACGGCGAGGUCUGCAUAUCGAUCCUGCACCCGCCCGAGGAGGACAGCAUGGGCUACGAGUCGGCGAGCGAGCGAUGGUCGCCCGUCCAGACGCCCGCCACGAUCCUGCUCUCCGUCAUCAGCAUGCUCAGCAGCCCGAACGACGAGAGCCCCGCCAACGUGGACGCAGCGAAGCAGUGGAGAGAGGACCCGGCCGGGUUCAAGAAGAGAGUCAGGAAAUGCGUCCGAGACAGCCUGGAAAUGUAGACCGCGACGCCGGUCAAGUCUCGAGGGGCGCUUGGGAACGAGGAGCACGCCGACCUGUCUGGGAGCAGCUGGGCACGGCGCAUCCUCACGAAUGUCUUUUUCUGCGCCUCCCUGACUGCGGCGCGUGGAGUUCUGCUUUCUCGCCGCUGGGUGACUUUUGCAUAGCCUUGCCUCUAGCCACGUUUAUUCAUGCGGUUUCAACAUGUAGCUAACGACCACACUUUUGCGCAAACAACAAAUUUUUUUAACUUUGACGAGCACAGAAA